CUGAAGAGAUCUAAAAUGACCAAAAAGAAACAUAAAACAUCCAUUAGAAAUACUAGACAGGAGACACAAUUACUACAAAGAGACUCGAUAUGACUGGAAAGACAUGCAAGAAAACCACAAAAAAGGGAACAUCUUUAUAGAAAAACUUAAGAGGGCAAACAAAACACGUUUGUUGUCUUGCUUCUAUAUUUAAGAUGAGAAUGGGGGUUGGGGGACUUUUGCAUGUUUUGUGCCCGGAGCCUGUUAUCUCAUAGCUAAAUUGUCAGUGUCAUUCUCAGUAACCGGAGACAGCGGCAGAGUGUGACCUCUUGGUGCUGCCUUCUCUCUGCUUUAGGAAACGUGGCCUUACAGAGACUCCUGUAGAAGCGGUGCGGUAGAUGAAUGACAAACACACAGUUUCAGCCUUCACUUCUGUCCAUCUGUCAUUCUCCACCAGAGCUUCAGGAGUGCCCGCCGUCCCCCAAAACCCCCUUCUGAAGAACCAUGUCCGAGGUAGAACAAGUCCCGGCCACGGAGGCCGCCGCCGCGAUCCUGGACGCCCUGAACGCCACGGACUCCAACGGGACCGAGGCGCUCAACGCCACGGCUAAGUUCGUGGCCACUCCGGAGGGCACGGCGCUGGCAUACGGCAGCCUGGUGUUCAUGGCCCUCCUGCCCAUAUUCUUCGGAGCCCUGCGGUCUGUCAGCUGCUCCAAAUCCAAGGAACUCGGAGAAAAUGAUUACGAUUCUGGGUUCAGAAAUGCAGCUGACAUGCCAGAGACCAUCACCAGCCGAGAUGCAGCCAGGUUCCCCAUCAUCGCCAGCUGUACUCUGUUUGGCCUUUACCUCUUCUUCAAGGUAUUUUCUCAAGAGUACAUCAACCUGCUGCUGUCUGUCUACUUCUUUGUGCUGGGUGUCCUGGCUCUGUCUCACACUAUGAGUCCUCUGAUGUCCAGAAUCUUUCCAGCCUCUUUCCCAAACAAACAGUACCAGCUGCUCUUCACUCAGGGCUCUGGGGAGGCCAAAGAAGAAAUAGUCAACUAUGAGUUUGACACCAAGAACCUGGUGUGUCUGCUCAUCAGCAGCGUGGUGGGAGUCUGGUACCUGCUCAAAAAGCACUGGAUAGCCAAUAACCUGUUUGGCCUGGCGUUUGCUCUGAACGGGGUGGAGCUGCUCCACCUGAACAACGUCAGCACGGGCUGCAUCCUACUGGGGGGGCUGUUCGUCUACGACGUGUUCUGGGUGUUUGGGACCAACGUCAUGGUAACGGUUGCCAAGUCCUUCGAAGCACCAAUCAAAUUGGUCUUUCCUCAGGACUUGCUGGAGAAAGGCCUUGAAGCCAGUAACUUUGCCAUGCUGGGCCUGGGUGAUAUUGUCAUCCCGGGUAUCUUCAUCGCCCUGCUGCUGCGCUUCGACGUCAGCCUGAAUAAGAACAGCAAGACGUAUUUCUACUCCAGUUUCCUGGCCUACAUCUUCGGGCUGGGCCUCACCAUCUUCGUCAUGCACACCUUCAAACACGCACAGCCUGCUCUGCUCUACCUGGUCCCGGCCUGCGUCGGCUUCCCCGUCAUCGUAGCACUGUUCAAAGGAGAGCUCACAGAGAUGUUCAGGUAUGAGGAGUCUUCACCUGAGGAGACGAGGCCUAAAGAGGACUCAUCAGAAUCAGAGAAGAAGCACCAAUAGCAUCCAUCACUGCCCCUCCCUUCCCCCUCCCCCCAAACACCUUCCAUCCAGCCUGCUGCCACUGAAGCCACUCCCCCUUCUGCCUCUCCAGCUUCCUGUUUGUCGCCGGGGGAAACGGGGUUCAUGUUGCCAACGUGUUUCAUCUUUGAAAACCAUGGGAUCGGCUGCUGGUCUCUGUGGUAAUGGCGGCUGUCAUGCUACCAGUGGUGGUGUUUAUAAUUAAAGGUUGUUUCAUCACAACAGUCACGACUCGGUACCUACCACGUUUCCUCUCUCUGCCUCUCCGUUGCACUUGCACAGGAACCAUCCUGGUUUUAUCGUCACUUCAUGGAGCAAAACCUUAUGUAGAAGUAUGUGUGGAAGCAGCUGCAGCAUCAUCGGUCUGGUCCUCCUGUGUCCGCAGCUUGUCGGCUCAGACUGACCAGGACAUGUUUCCACAGUUUGAAGCAGUGCUCCGUUUAUCAGUGGGGAAAACAUCACACGGUGAAAGAAGCGUUUCAGCCGUCUUCUGUUUUUCAGCUUUGUCUUUGAACCCUUCAAAUGAGGAACCAUGAGUCCAAUUCGGUGAAAUCAUCCCGCAGUGCACCUCCUCCAUCAGACAGCCCGCUCCAGCCCACAUCCUAGGAAACGGGGGAAACCAGUCAUCCAGGCAUGGUUCUGUGUUUCCAGGCCUCUGCUCACUCUGCCCUCUGCUUUCCCAAGUCAGCAUUUUCACUUGGUUUGCUUGUUUUACUUGGUUUUAUGUUUUUCAUGUGAAAGGCCAGAAUUUUAAGAUGAGAUUUUUCAGUUCAUUUGUCAAAGCUGUUACCUGUAUGUAUGUGAAUCAGUUGUUUUCCCAGCAGCUCGCCAGGUAAUAAACCUCACUCUCCAUCAGGCCUGUGGUGCCGAUGUGGCUUCACAUUCAAACCUUUGUGCAGGUUUGUACAGCGGCUUGUAGUUUUGGGGUGGAGUCCAUUAUAUUCGGUCAGUGCUUGACUCGUGGUGACCGAUGGAGGUCCAACUCUGACAUGAGAGGAUGCAAAGAUAAAACAGUUCAGUUUCCAGUCAUGACUCCACCUCUGCUCCCUGCAGAGACUUUCCUGGAGGUAUUAUUCACCAAUGUUGUGUCGGUGUGUCUCUUCACACUCUGACUUCUGUCUUUGGCUCUUAGCUCCAAACCUAAUUGUCACCUGUAAAACACCUCACUAAUCUAUAGUUUAGUUCUAAAAGAGGCUCAGACAUUUUGUAAAACUGCUCCCUGUAGUUUUUAUCAAGCAGGAGGAUGUAGUGCAUUAAUUGGGGAUUAUUUUCACUGGUGGAUUAAUCCACCAAAUGCAAUUGGAUGACAUUAAGAAACAUCUUUAAAGAGUCCUCUGUUAUGACUCAUCCGUACCUGAGAUGAACGCUGACCUCUCAGGCUGCAGUGUUCUUGGUGUUUUUCCCAACCCUCCGGGCAGCCACUGGUUCCAGGUCAGUUUUAUGAAGGUGGUCUUGCAGAGAUCUGAGAUGUGUUGCUGCAGAGAUGCAUGAAUCACCAUUUCUGCUUUGAUUUCAUUUUAGUGUGAUAAUACAGAGCAGACUUAAAGUGGAAACCAGCUGAUGUCUGGAUGGUGGAACAACACUCAGGACUCAACGGAAACUUUUUUGUACAAAGCACAUAAAAAAAAACCCACUGGUCUGGUUCGUUAGUUCAGAGCCUGUGUUGUGCCUGACAGGUGUGCAGCGCUCCUGGAUAACACAGUGAAACUGAGACAACAGCUGUAGUUACAAAACAAAAAUGACCAAAGGUUUUUCCCAAGCUCAGCUCUGUUGGUUCUGGUUCUGGCGGAGCAGAUUGUUUACCUGCCUGGUUCUACAUUCAAAGUUUUGGCCUGUGAGAGGAGUAAAGGGAGUGCUCAACACGCCCGGUGCUCCCAGUCCUCAGACCACAGUGGUGAAUAGGUUCAACAAAAAGCUGUGAGAAUGAGGUGAGGAGAUGGGAGGUUGGGGCUUCUCCCAACAGCGUCCUCAGACUGAUCCAGUCUGGGUUUGAACAAGCUCCAGUCUCUCAGAGCUUUCUAUGAUCAAUCUCAAAUUAUUCAGCAAAUACUUUGCUAAUUGAUUCCUCGCAAAUCAUUUUUCAACCAUAAUCUUGGACUAUUCCGUGGUUAACAAGGCUCCGCCGUUACCUUUUUGUAUUAUUGUAUAGUGAGUAGUUUUGGGUU